UCAUUUUACCAACCUCGGAAGGAUGGAAGGCUGAGUCAACCUUGAGCUGUUCAGGAUCAAACCUCUGGCAGUGAGUUGGCCUGCAAUACUGCAUUCUAACCACUGCAUCACCAUGAAGGUUCAAUUAAACUGAAUCGAUCUUCUCAACUAACGGAGUUGAGUGCGAUUCCAUGGCUUCUUCUGAAAACACAAUGAAAAACAUGUCAUGCAAUGAUACCAUUGAUGAGUUUCGGAGUCAGGUGUACCCCGUGACAUACUCCAUCAUCUCAAUCCUGGGGUUUGUGGGAAAUGGCUUCGUGUUGUGUGUCCUCAUAAGGACAUGCCAGGAGAAGACAGCUUUCCAGAUAUACAUGUUCAACCUUGCCAUUGCAGACCUUCUCUUUGUAUGUACUCUGCCCCUGCGAGUGGUCUAUUACCACUACAAAGGCAACUGGUUCUUUGGUGACUUUUUGUGCCGGAUCAGCUCCUACGCCAUGUAUGUCAACUUGUACUGUAGCAUCCUGUUCAUGACAGCGAUGAGCUUCUUCCGUUGCAUUGCCAUUGUUUUCCCCAUCUGGAAUAUCCAAUUUAUCUCCCGGAAGAGAGCCAUCAUGGUCUGCGUUGCCAUUUGGUUCUUCGUAACCCUGACUACCACCCCGUUUUUGCAGAAAAAUGGCCAGUUAUCUGAUGAAAAUAUAACCAAAUGCUUUGAGCCGCCAAAGAACACGGAUGUGAAGAAGCUGAUGGUUCUCCACUACAUUGCAUUGUUCAUCGGUUUUAUCUUUCCUUUCACCACCAUCACCAUCUGUUACGCCAUGAUCCUAAACAAGCUCCUGAAGAAUCCCAUGCAUAAGAAAGAAGGCACUCGUAGAAAGGCCAUCUGGAUGAUUGUGAUUGUGACCGUCGUCUUUCUCGUGAGCUUCACCCCGUAUCAUGUCCAGCGUACGGUUCACCUCCACUUGAUGAAAGACAAGACUUCCUGUGAGAAGAGCCUCUACAUGCAGAAAUCCGUGGUGAUAACCUACUCCCUUGCGGCCUUCAACUGUUGCUUCAACCCACUUCUUUAUUACUUUUCUGGAGGUAAUUUCCGUAGGCGACUUUCCACUUUCCAAAGGGGCUCUAUUUCCAGUUCUCAUCACCGAAAGAUGUCCUCAAAGAUGGAGGAAGCCAUGAAUGGAAACGGGGUGGAACACAAAACAUACAUUUUGGAAGCGACAGGAACUCCCUCCAAACAGAGGCCAAUCUGAGAUGCCGAUUAUUGUGCAUCAGUGGCUUACAUCUAGUUUUUCAACAUGGUGCCCAGAGAAGCAAGUUUGUAUAUAUAUAUAUAGACAUUCGCUUGGCCACAACCAGAUUCCCUGCUUCAACUGUGAUUCCAAAUAAGCCUCUGGAACCUGAAUGAAACUUAAAAGCUAUUUUAAGACAUAAAAACGAUGAUGAAAUCAAUCCAAUGCUUUGCUUGGACCUGCGCCCGUUUGCUCAGAAAAAGGCAGUGAUAAGCAGGGGAAUAAGCCAAGAGAAGGGACUAAAUAGCAGGUAGAUUUGAAGCUGAUGCCUUGUAAUAGCCAGUUUGGUCUAGUGGUUAAGGCACCAGGCUAGAAAGUGGGAGGUCAUGAGUUCAAAUCCCAUCUCGGCUAUGAAAGUCAGCUGGGCCAAUGGACA